UGCGGUCAGUAUCGAUCUUAACAGAAGACAGGGUAACUUCAUUCAAGGAGCAGCUUGUACUGAUGACACUCAAUGUCUAUCUAAAAUUUGCCGUCGUGUAGAUCAAGAUGGAAAAAAAUGUCAACAAACUGAUACACGGCCAAAAGGAGAUACUUGUCUUGUCAACACUGCAUGUGUUACCAACUUAUGUUCUUUUACCAGUAAAGACACUCAAAGAAUUGGACCACAAAGAUGUUGUGUCGUCGAAUCCACAUUGGAUUGUGAGCCGUAG